AUGAAUUAUACAAAUGAAGAUAAGUCAACAUCAUCAUCAAUGUCACCUUCAAUAAGAUCUUCUGAUAAAUAUAAAUUGCCUGUUGAACAUCUUACUUGUUCUGUAAUUAGUAGAGUGAAAGAAACACCAGAAUAUAAGGUGAUAUCAAAUGCAAGUUUAGAGGCUGAAAUUAUCUUAGUUCCACGUAUAAUCAAUACAGAACUGUUAUCCGCUGAAAGAAGUCUAGAGGAUGCAAUUAAACUCACUUGUACGGCGAUAGCUAAUGGACCACCAAAUAUGCUAAUUGAUUUUAGUGCAUCAGAUCAACCAUCAACAAAUGGUAAUAACAAUGAUAACGAUGGUGGCAGUCUUACAAAGUGGGAACCUUUGAAACCAAGAUAUGGACUGAAUAUUCGACCAAGACAAGUAGAUCCAAAUAAUCCAACGAUACAUCGGCUUGUAAUCGAUAUUUCUGAUCUCAAACGGAGUGAUCAUGGCGUCUAUCGAUGUCGUGUAUGGAAUCAAGCAGGGGAGGCAGAAGCUAUUGGAAAUGUUUUAGUCCAUUCUGAACCACAAUUGGACUUAGUCCCAUUCAAUGGACAUAAUUAUUUCUUUGGACAUAAAUCAUGGAAAGCAUCUUGCCUAGUGAAAGGUUAUCCAUUAGCAGUGAGAGCUUCUGACACUAACGGUAAUCGUAUUCAUCACCAACAAAUGAAUCGUGACGAAUCAGGUGGAGGUGUUGAUCAUAGUACAAUGGUGCCAGGAAUUCAAGAUGGCGUAGGUGGAGUUGGAGGAGUAGGAGGAGCGGGACGUACACCAUCGGAUUUCAUCAAUCAACCUGUCAGUGAAGAGAUAUCAUCAAUUAAAAUGAAAAUAUUCAAUGUUGAAGGUGAACCAUUGGAUCGUGUUGAAGUUAAGCAAAUUGAUUAUAAGUCGGGGAAAUUUAUUGGAAUUAAUGCCACCUAUGAAGUUCAAAUGAAUCAACGUUCUGGACGUGAAGCAAUUGUACGCUGUGAAUACACACAUACUGAUAAUCGUACAAUAUAUCGUGAAAUCUUUUUACAUGAAGCAACUAAACCAACUGCACCAAAUAUAACUGUACUAUGUACUGGUCCACGAGCCAUAGUCUUUGGUAUAACGAAUCCUAAGCUGAAAACUGACAACCUGCCUACAGAACGUAUUGUAACUCAAAAGGUUAUAUUUGCGCCUGCAAAGACAUUCCAUUUGUCCUCUACUCUGGCUAGUCUAUCCGUCUACUUAGAUUCAGAAGGGCAACCGUCAGCAUCACCAGCGAACAACAAUGAUCCUCUGGAUAAAACUAUACUCACAUCGAUUAGUGCACAACCACAGACGGCGGUUAUCCCCGUGAAAGGCUUGAUUCCAGAUACUGAAUAUGUAUUUGAAUGGUCCUCUGGAAAUGAGUUUGGUCUAAGCGUUAUGAUACAAUUUACACUGUGGACAAAAAAACUUGAAACUGCGCCAACUAUCAAGAAUGUUGUCUUUCUAAGUCCUACAUCUCAAUAUCUUCGAUUUUCAACAUUUUUGGGUGAUCCAUGCCCAUAUGAAGGUGGGGCAAGACCAGAACUAUCUGAUCUACUCGUCAGAUAUCGUUAUGCUAAGUCGAAUAACACCUACGAUCCAACACAACUAGUCGGAUAUGGAGAAUGGUCUGACGUGGAAGUAUGCAAGAAUUUGGCGUCCUCCUCCUCCUCAUCAUCAUCAACAACAACAGGAGAGAAUGAGAAUUCUUAUCGUGUCAAAAGUGAGACUAUCGGUACUGAAGAGGAGGCAGAUGAGUACACCGGGAUUAAAUGGGCUGGUGAUAAUCCAAUCCCAUGUGAAAUACCAGUACCUGAUACUCAAGUCACUUAUGAAAUUGAAGUUGCUACAAGAAAUCGUUUUGAAAAAUCAGAAUGGUUUACAACCUUCUACCGACCAAAUGCUGUUGUCUCUGCUGCCCUAUUCUGUUAUCCAAAGUGUUCAUCAAUCCUGGGCUGUAGCCACUCUCCAAUCUUAACAGUUUCCUCAAUAUUAUUAUGCUUAUUUCUUAAAAGAGUAUAA